GCAUCGCCCUUUAAAAUUCAAUGGUCUCCAUUCGUCGCCACACCCACUGCCAGCUUCUGUCCGCGUGGGCUCUGAAAUGCCGCAAGGAGGCUCUGCGGUUUUUCCAACUAUUUUUAAAAUAAUUUUACAAACAUUUUUUUUAGACUGACCGUCUUUGUCAAUCUCCUUUUUUCGCCAUAGUGUUUGGGAAAAAAAAGGUUCGGUCAAGAUGUUGCAAGCUUGUUCUCCAUCGCACGAGUGGCUCUGCGACUCCGAGCCGCUGCUGUUUGACGACGAGUUUUGCUCGAGUCUCAUGAAGGACUUGCAGUCCAUCCCCACGCCGCCCCAGUCCCCUCCGAUGAAACCCGGGCUCGCGAAGAAUUUGUCCACGGUGGACCAGUUGGAGUUGGUAUCUGAACUUUUAAUGGAGGAUAGCGACUUUCUCCAACUGGACUGGAACUUUACCGGCACCGCGGACGACCCUCUCUCGGAGGACUUACUGUGGCGCAUCGACGGAGGCAAACACAUCGAGGAUAAACUCUCAGCGGUGCUCUCCACGAGUCCCUUGCUCUCCGAUAUUGACACUGAGAUUUUUGCCGAAAUCGCCGGCUCUACGCUGGAUUGCCACAAUGUGGCGCUCGCUUGUCAGGCUCUGGAGAUCGAGGACUUACCGCUGGAUAGCCAGGAGCUGAUCGAGUCCACGUCUGAUUACGGUUCACUGUCCACCGGAGGAGAAUCGUCUACAAGCGAUUCUGAGGAGGAGAUUGACGUUGUGACCGUCCGGAGGUCGAGCACACUGACACGUUCUCAACACCAGCAGCAGUUGGAGGACAGUCGGCGUGAGCAGCAGCUUGCUAUCAAACGCUGUCACUUUGAAAUUCAGCAACAGCACAACUACGCCGCCCCACGGCCCGCCUCUCCUCCUCCUCCGCCCUCCCCCCCUCCGAAACGCUCCCGAGGGUCCGGAGACUCCCACCGAAGCACGCAGAGUUCGGGACGCUCUCGCAGUCUGGCCUCCCGACAGGCGGUGGACACGGAGGACGAAGAAGAGAGGCGGAGGACACACAACGUGAUGGAGAGGCAAAGGCGCAACGAGUUAAAGAACUGCUUUCUUAAGCUACGGGACAACGUCCCCGAACUGUCCAGUAACGACAAGGCUUCCAAGGUGGUGAUUUUAAAGCGGGCGAAAGAAAGCAUAAGAAAUCUGGAAACGGAGAACCAGAGACUUGCACAGAAGAGAGAUAAACUUAGACAACGACAAGAACAGCUGAAAGCCAGACUGGAAAAGCUCAAGAGACUCUGAGCGUCUGGGACUGAACGUUGCCGGUUCGGCCACUAGAUAGUCGU